GUUAGCUACGUACGCAUACCCACCCAACCACGGAGCUGACUGCAGCUUCAAACCUAAUCCUCUGCUCCAAAUUUGUAAGUAGCAUUAAUCGAAUGGAAUUUCUAGGUUGAAUUUCUGCUCGAUGACGAAAGACGUGGAGAUGAAAGAUCACCAAACUCCUUCGCAUUCCGUUUCUUCAGCCGUUCCAUCCACUUUGCAUUAUUUGAAAGAAAUUGCGUCUCUUAUCGAGACUGGUUCAUGCUCAAAGGAGGUCUUCCGUAUUGUUCGUGCUGUUCGCCUCACGUUUGGGUUGAGGCGGAAGCUAACUGCGUCUGUGCUCUCAGCGUUCCUCAAUUCUGCACUGCUUCCAGGUUCUGAUUCUCAUUACGAGUUGUUUACUUGUCUCCCAAAGGUGAAUUAAUGAGCCUUUGGCUCCUAGGUGAUUUUCAAAAUUGGUUGUUAAUUUAUACAUAUGUUUUGAUAGACUGUAUAUGUAUAUAAGUGUGUGAAUAAUGGGUACCAAGGUUCUUCAGGGUUAGCGGAGUUUGGAUCAUCUUGUGGGUGUAUUGCUAGCUUCACAAUGUAAGAAGUUUUUGUUGGCUUUUAGUGUUUCUUUAAACAUGAGAAAAUGUUUCUAAGGAUUAAAAUUAGACCGAUGAU